AUGAACACUGUCAGUGGUACAAGGCGUGCACCAAGGAGACAGUCGCAAGAUGGGUCUGCUGAUAAAGUAUUGGUGAUCUUCGAAGCAAGCUCCCGGGUGGCAGGGAGCCGUCGAGGACCACUGACCCCUGUUCCUGGCGCCCGAAACUCACCCAUUGAUGUGGAGGCCAUCGAAGAUGAAGUUCAGGCAGUAUCGCCCUCGCGAGUGCCCCCGCCAAGGAGGAACAGGAGAACCAGGAGGGAACCUAUAACAGUGGUUGACUUGGAGGUUGAAGCUAGCCGGGAAGGGAACAAACGCCAGAGGGUUGUACCAGUAGGACAUCACCUCACUCCAGAUUGGGGAGCAGGGUCCAGCUUGCAGUCAAAUGCCGUACAAACUGGCAAAGAGCCUGCCAAGGAGGUCCCCAAGGAACCAUUUUUUACCUGCCCAAUAUGUUGGAAUAAGAUGGAGGAGCCUUCCACAACGACUUGUGGCCAUGUCUUCUGCGACAUGUGCAUCAAGCAGGCCAUCAAGAUUCAGAAGAAAUGCCCUACUUGCAGGAAGGGGCUGAAAAUGAAUAGCGCUCAUCGUAUUUACCUUCCAAAGGCUUCUAGUUAA